CGCAGGCCCUGUCCCUACGCACACGCCUCUCAUUUCAGGCCGCCAUUCUGCUAUUGAUGAUGGGGUUGUUUGUUGUUUUCAUUACCGAGCCUAAUCGCCACCGUUUUGGGGUUCAACACGGAAGGAGGAAGGGCGAGUACUAGUAAAGGGAGGGGGGACCGAGGACCGAGUGGUCUACAGAUAUGCUGCAUGGACCACUUCUGGAGUAUUCUCCACGGUUUCAACGUUAUUUGCACAAUGUACCACUUUAACCUCUUUCAUUCCAAUUAAUUUUUCGAAACCCAGUGGCUUGGUGACCAUUUCUGGAAUACCAUAGAGAAAAAAGAACAAGUCUAUUGUAAUGGCAUCAAGACAGCCUGAUGUACCUGCCAUUGAGCACAGUUCUAGUGGGCUGCUGGGAAAGAUGUCCCUCCCAAUUGGGAUGCACCGUCGAGCUUUCAGCUAUGACGAUGCGCUGGAGGAUACAGCGCCGAUGACACCACCUCCCUCUGACAUGGGCAGUAACAGCGUCUGGCGAAAACCUAUAAUUCCAGAGCGUAAAUACCAGUUACUAUCUAAGAUUGAGGAUGGGGAAAGUAACAUUCCUCUGCCUUCUUUGCCCCCCUCCUCUUCCACUGAGAAAGUACCUGUGGUGAAAGCUAAAGCCACUUCUAUCAUCAUGAACUCUCUUAUGACAAAGCAUACACAGGAGAGCAUUCAACGCUUCGAACUGCAGGCUGGCCUCAGGGAUGCUGGGUAUAUGCCACACAAGGGCCUCACUGCUGAAGAGACCAAAUACCACCGCGUGGCGGAAGCCCUGCAUAAACUUAAUAUGCACACUGGUGAAUCCACUGAAGAGAAGCAAAGUUCAUCUACCCAGUCAACUCCUUGCAGCACUCCCAGCUCUUCUCCUAAGCAAAUGCGCAGAUCAUGGUUCAGCCAGGGAUCCACCAGCUCUCUCCAAGUUGGGGAUUUAAGCAACUCUGAUACAGGAGUGGAUAAAUGGAGUGUGUUUGGCCCUCGUGCUGUACAGAAAUCCACCACAGAUCCAGGAGGUUUCACUAUCCAGCCGUAUAAAGGUGCUCAGAAGCCAACACCUAUGGAGCUGAUGCGAGCACAGGCUACGAGGAUAUCUGAUGAUCCUUCUGCUUUGAAACCCCCCAAUAUGGAAAUGCCUUCAUUGGUUUCAGGAACUAAGAACAUUCCCCGUGGCCACAAUCUAAAACCACGUGACAUGAACAUACUUACUCCAACAGGAUUCUAACUACCCAGCUGUCCUGUUCCAUAGCUCUGCAGCUUUUCUUUAGGAGGAGACUAGCAAUGAUUCUCCUCUUUGCAAAUUAGUGAGAUACAUUUGGCAUUACCUUGUCAUACCUUCUGGACUUGAGCUUUCCAUCGUGAUGAGGAUGUUCUUUGUAAGCCUUUAGCACUCUAUAUGUAUGUGUAAACAAAAAGCCUCUAAAAUGUCCUUUCUGCUAGAGCAUUCGACUGCCAGGUAAACCACUGAAUAACUACAACUGUGCACUAGCGGGUAGUUGGUCGAUAAUAUCACAUUUUCUUUUAGGUAUUUUCACCUGAAACAACCACUUUUCAGUUAGAUCAGAAAUACAUACUGCACCUUCCAUCAGGGUAGAUAUCAACAAACCUAUUCUGUUCAAGUGACCUCAUCUUUAUAAUUUAAUUUGAGCCACCAUCCCAAUAUGCCACACAUUUAUAUAUAUAUAUAUAUAUAUAUAUAUAUAUAUUUUUUUUUAAUGUAGGUAUGUAAUUAUAGUGGACUUAUUUCUGGCUGGCUGCUUCCUGUCUACUUUCUUAAAGCCUAUCACUAAAACAUUUAGUUUAUCUAGUCUACAUCUCACUCCAAACUGCAAUAACAGAAUCCUGGGGCUCUGAACAAUUAAGCAUGAUAGAGAUGUCUGGUGGCUCUUGUCCAUAGACCUAAUCAUUAAAUUGUUAAAACAAAUGUACUUAAAACAAGUAACCCUACAUCUGACUCAGGAAAAAGGUGUUUCAUUUCUACCCCCUUAAAGUACUGUUUGAAUACAAAUGGACGUUGUAGGUUUAUUCCAGUUUUGAAAACUUGCACUCUGUUCUCUAAGAACUAAUUUAUUUUGUGUUACUUUGUGCUUGUGGUUUUUUUUUUUUAAUUGUGCCUAAUUUUAUGCUUCACAAUAAAAAGAUAACCAUUUUUGUCUAA